AUGGCGAUGAUGAUGACUGGCCGUGUGCUGCUGGUGUGUGCCCUCUGCGUGCUGUGGUGUGGUGCGGUUUUUGGACACGCGAUGGAGGAUUACUGCGGUGAGGGUGGAGGGAACGGUUUGAGGCACACGAGUAAUGGUGGCGAUGACGGCGUGUCUCUGAAGGCGGACUGCGGGUUGUUAUCCACUCGAAUGGCAUCAAUAAAGGCGGUUGAAGCUGCGGAAGGUGAACAAGAAAUGAAUGUUACAGCCCCACUGGAGAAUUUGGAGGAUAACAAAUUGGGAAAUAAUACGAAGGGCAGUGGGGUGGCUGGUUUAGAAGGAAAUGACGGUGUCGCAGUUCAGCCACCAACAAAAAAACCGCUGAAUCUCGGACGAUCAGGUGCAGGGGAACAGGAGGGGAUGUCGAGACCGGUAGAUGCAAAUGAUGGAAAACGUACUAGCCAUACACACAAUCAAAGUGUACGUGAUCCCGAAAAACUAAAAACUGUUGAAUCCUCUUCUUCUUCUCGCAGCCCUGGCACUGAGGGUAUUAAAAUACACAAAUUGGAGAAUACUUCCGAGAGAAAUGAAUCCUACAAAAAGACACCGACGGAAGAAAACAAUCUCUUCAGUAAAUAUGACUGUACUGAAUUGGUGCUGAAAGAAGAACCAGAAAAAACAGCAGACAAAAAAAAUGCAAGUCAUGAGGCACCAACAGAGACACGUGGAAGUCAAGCCAAGGACGCAGAAAUACAAACGGCAACACCACCGCCACCACCAGCAACAAUGAAUGGACAUUCCAGCACUGUGAAUUUACGGCCCAUACAACUGCUACAAUACGUCCAGGACGACAAUGCAGAAUUCAGGACACCAUCACUCAUGGCAAACGGUGGUGCCGCCAAUAAUCAAGCUGACAAGAGCACUGAAGAGGGCAUCCCGAACAGUGACCCAGCAGCUGAUGUUGCAGGGACAGCAGAGGGAAAACAAAAUGAAAAUAAAGAUGCCAAUCCGAAGGAAAGACCAGUCGAAGCCACAGCCAUGAAAACUACAACGGCGACGACUGGCGACAGUGACGGCAGCACCGCGGCCUCCCACACCACCUCCCCUCUUUUGCUUCUUCUUCUUGUUGUUGCGUGUGCGGCUGCGGCUGCGGUGGUGGCCGCGUGA